CAAUGGAGGGAGGAGGGGUUACCUAGCAGCCAGAAAAGUAUAAAAUGGAGAGGAGCAGAGCAAACCUCAUUCAGACACAUCUACCGGAAUAACGGAAUACAGCGACCAUACAGCAAAGGACUUAUCUUCCUCACCACUCCGAGGGAAUCCCCACAUUUAAUAGAAGACUUAAUUUGAUUAUCUUUUUUUUGUUUUGGGAGAUUGAUCAAUCAUUUAAAUUGAUUGAUCGAUUAAUUUACCAUUCAGGACCUAGCUUUUUAUUAAUAUACGGAAUUUAGCUUUAACGUUUUCCCUCUCGUUUUUAUCGAGACCUACUUACCGGAUCCGGUUAACAUGCUGUUCACAGAGGAAGAUAUAUUCAUGUCGGAGUUCGAGGACGCAUGUAGCGCCUGGGUGGACAGUGUCAGCUCAAGCAGUGACGGUACAGACUCUGAUAUCGGAUCCCCAGCACAACAAGGUUGUGUGUUAUCCCCGGAGACCGACGGAUCCGAUUCGGAUUUCUUCUCCGACCUGAAUGACUGUUCAUCAGACAGCCUGUCCCUUCCUCUUGCCUACACCGGGAGCUUCUACACAGAGCCAUUACAGGGGACGGUGCCACCCUGCAGCACAGAAGCUCUGCUCAACAUGAUCACUGAGAUCGUUGGGAUCUGCACGGUGGACGACCAGACGACCAGCGGGACUCCAUCUGCCUCCCUUCCCACCUCUGAAACACCCUGCUCGGCCAUGAGCAUCGCCUCUCCCCCUCUUUACUCUCCCUCCAUGGAGUCUGCCUCCAGCGGAUACUGGAGCCAGGCUCUGACCGGAAUUCCUUCUCUUUCCGCCGAGGUGGACAUUCAUACUCCCCCCGUUGCCCCUGUGGUGGUCAAGAACGAAUUCAACAGCAACUGCGACGGCUGCGACAACGACCACUUCUCCCACCCUGGUCAGGAUGCCUUCUCCCCGGGCAGCUUGGAACAGCUGUUCCCGCUGUCUGGUCAGUCUCUGGAUCACCAGGUAGAUGUAAAGAAGCUUCUGGACUCUCUGCUUCUGACUGACAUUAAGACAGAGUGUAUCAUCAAGCAGGAGCCGUGCUACAUGGGAGACUGGGCUCAGAAUGACUCUGUACCUGUUAACGGAAGCUACGUCAACGAACCGGAGCCUCUGGAGUUCCAGACUGGGGACUCAGGGCCGCAGCAACCGGACGCUUGCAGCGACCUGGCCGCCUUCACCGCCUCUCUCUCCUCCUCCUCCCUGGAUGCCAUCCUCUCCUCCCUGCUGCCUAGCGUGUUCCCGAGGACCAGGGGCGUGCACGCCACCAUUGGAGAGAGUAAAGCGACGACCCGCUCCAGUACCGGGGCCGUGAAGGUGAAACCGUUCCCGUGUCCAAUAAUCGGGUGUGAGAGGCGUUUCUCGCGCUCCGACGAGCUCAACCGCCACGUGCGCAUCCACACGGGCCACAAGCCGUUCCAGUGCACAAUCUGCCUGCGCAGUUUCAGCAGGAGCGACCACCUGACCACGCACACGCGCACGCACACUGGGGAGAAACCUUUCUCUUGCGAGGUGUGCGGGAAGCGGUUCGCGCGCAGCGACGAGAGGAAGAGGCAUGGACGCGUGCACGUCAAGCAGCAGCUGAAAGCUCAGAUGAUGGCGGCUUAUAACCUGGCCUUCCCCGGUGGAGUUUGAACUGAACUUUAACUCUCUAAAGCUGGCUUCGCUGCCCAGAGUUUAAACCUGCUCUUCAGAAGGCUUCGGUUGGUUCUGUCUGCCUGGUAACGUUGGCUGUUGGUCCGGUUCAGUUGGAGGUGUUGACUUCAAAACGGGCCAUCGGUUGAAAAAAAAAAAAUGGUGGAAAAGUUUCAACGAGAGAAAGAAAAUAAUCUCGUCUUGUCGGUUGGACAUGGAACGUGGAACUAUUUUAGAACGUCUGUACGUUGUACUUUGACAUUAUAUCUAGCUGUUUGACUAUAUGUUGUGCUGAACAGCGGAAAUGAACAGAAACUGAUGAACUACGAGAGGAUUAGUUGGUUUCAGCGCCACUGUGAGUGGACAGCUCCUUGUCUGUCAAUCCGAACAGACUGAAACAUACAGCACUUGUUUUGGUCACUCGACAGUUCUGGAUUGUAAAACUGGUACAGUUUUCAGAGUUUUUUUUUCUUUUUGUGCAACAUUGCAUGAUAUUUGUUUUACAUUGAUGUGUUGAUGUAUAUUUUAUUAUAGAAAUCUCUAAUGUAGAAGCUGGAAUGUAACUUUUCUCUCUACGUUGAAUCACAUUUCUAGCCUUGAUGUUUACUACAUAGGCCUAUAUUUUAUCAUUCGAAAUAUAUAUUUGAAAUCUUCAUAACCAAAACACUAUUUAUAUUCUAUUCUCUCAAUUGUAUUUUUCUACCUGUAUAUAUAUAUAUAUAUUUAUAUUUGAAACUUCCUGUUUCCUGUGAUAAACAUUCUCUUUAUUUUUUGGAACUUCCAUUAGAACGUUGAACAGUCACAGAUGUAUUAUGACAUCACCGCUCUAAUCAGCCUGACACGGUUUGGUGGCUCGUUGCUGCUCUGACACCUGUGGUUAACGGUAAAUUAAUAACAAGGGGUCUUGGAGUUUGAUUGUACUUCUACAUUCAUACAAGACUCACCGGGGGGAAGAAAAAAAACAACAACAAUAUUCAACAUUGUAGUUGAUGAACCAAGUAGCACACAUUGCUGUGCGUUUACGUACCAUUAGUUCAACUGCUAACUCUUCUCUUGUUUGAGGCAUGAAACGCAGAUCUGUUUCUGUUGUAAAUAGAAGACCUUGUGUUAUUUUGUUUGCAUGAUGGUUAUGAAUAAAAAAAAACAGUGAAAUGACAA